CUGACGGCGGCUGAUCGGGCUGCCCAAUUUUCAAAUUCUUUCCGUUCAGGCCGUGUGACCAAUGUUCACGCGGUGCCUUAUGAAUCCAAAGGCGCCUUUGACCGGGAGAACUCUGAGCGUGAAACGUAUAUAAAGCAACGCUCAGGCUUUAGACUCAGACGGCCCCGGUCCGCUGGUUCCACAUCAGUAGAGUUCGUUGGGGAUGAGUUUCUUAGCGACCCCUGUGCUAUAGGACAUGUCUGCAAUCCAGUCGAAGGAGGAGAUGAUAAGGCAAAAAGAAUUGGAUAUGAGAAAGUUCAGGAAAUAAAGAGCGACCCGUUAUAUGCGGGGCGCGUUCCUAGGCAGGUUUACGAGGAAAUGUUACAAAGGCGAGCCAGGAACAUGACGAGGACGUCAUCAAGGCCCUCUAUGGAUGGGGAUUUAAAUUCGUUGAAGGGAAGAGCGGUUACCCUUGAGCAUAUUCCGGACGAUCUCGCGAUGCUUAGCAACGGCAGAACAUUUCUCCAAGAGCAAGGUCCGGAACUGCAUGUUUGUACUGCGUCUGGCGUUUGCGACGGGGGAGUGGAAGUUCCGCUGCUUUACGCAAUGACGGCCCAUAAGACUGAGGACGUCUACUUGAAAGACGGACACUUGAAGGAUCUGUUCGAAAGGCUCCGUCCAAGACCAGUGGAGCGCCUAGGAACUGUCCUUGAUUUCGAGAAAGCCCCGGCGCCUUCUCCGAAGCGAAAGUUGCUCGGCAGAAUUCCGAUGGUGACCGAGUGGUGGGACACAAUAAAAGGAGUGGUUUUCCUCCCCAGGCGACUCUACCCAGAGGUUCGAGCGCUGUGGAACCCACCAGUAGCGGCGGACCACGUCGCUUAUGCGGAAUGCAAGGAAUUCCUGGAAUACUUGCAUAGAUACAAGACGUGGUUCCGACCGGCUUCCUAUAAGAUAUGUGGAACAAAUGGCAGACUCCUCAUUCGGACCUGCACGAACACGCAAUCUCGCUUGACUCGUCACAUUUUGGAAAAGACCCAUCCGGCAUUGCCACGCCUGAGAGAGAAGCUGAACUAUAAGAUUUCGAAGCUAAGUGUACCCUGCGGUGGAUCAGAGAGGUUUGGAGGCAUAUAUGCCCGCGAGGAUGAUGCAGCCGAGAUUGAGAUUAUCUGUAGAUAA